AUGGCGUCCCAGGAGCGCUUUGCGAGUGGCUCCGGAAGCUACCAGAGCGCGCGCACGAAGGGCAAGACCAUCACGGUGAUUGCCGCUGAGGACGAGGUCAUGCAGGCGGUUGUGGAAGAGGGAGGGAAAGUGGAGACAGAAGACCGGGUUGAUUGGGCUCGUCUCUCAGAGGUGUUUUUCUUUCAGAUGCAAAGCGAGGACUUCCAAGGGGAAAAGAUGCAGGAGAUCCAGGCCCUCGCGGUGGAGUAUGAGACAGCGGAGAUCCUGAAGGCGGAAGCGACCCUGCGGAAUCUGUACGCGGAAGCCGUCGCGCGCGAGCGCGAGGCGCAGAUCGAGGCCGCGGAAGAGGAGACGCGCGUGCUGGAGGAGGUCGAGCGGAUGAUCAACGAGGCGCGCGAGAAGAAGGUGGAUUUCCAGCGGCGCACGCACGAAGAGGCCAAGGAGAAAGUGCGCGAGGCGCAGGCAACCCGCGAGAGGGAAAUCGCCGCGGCUCAGCGGCGGGCGAACGAGCUGGUGUCGAGCGUCCUCAAAAACCGGCCCCUCAUCUGGGAGGAGCCGCCGACUAUGCAAGAACAGGCGUCGGACCAGCCGAGCCCACGUUCGGGGGCGUAA